CUCAGGUUCUCACAGGCUGGAGAACCAAACAGAACACAACUCGCGUCUGACCGCAAAUACAGCCGGCUAGCCGGUUAGCAGUUAGCCUGGCUUCAGUGACGUUUCCUGAGCUGUAAGAUGUCGACGGUGUUGUUCGCCUCCGUGGUCCGGGUCGGAGACGGCCUUCCUCUCUCUGCCUCCACCGAUUACGAGCAGGACAAAGAGCUCCAGGAGACCAAGAAGCACCUCAAGGGUCUCUCCAAGAAGCUCGGACAGUUCCCCGACCGCUGCACGCUGAAGACCGGACCGUACAAUGUCAAUUUUACGAGUGCCCUGGGUGUCGGAUACCUGAUGGUGUGCACGGCUAACUACCCCAACGUUCUGGCCUUCUGCUUCCUGGACGAGCUGCAGAAGGAGUUCAUCGUCACCUACGACUCCAAACGGAUCCGGAGCGCCGUGAGGCCGUACUCCUUUAUCGAAUUCGACACCUUCAUCCAGAAGACCAAGCAGCGCUACAACAGCCCUCGCUCUCUGUCCACAAAGAUCAACCUGUCUGACAUGCAGACGGAGAUCAAGCUGCGGCCGCCGUACCAGCUGUCUGCUGAGGACCUGAGGGCCGUCAACGGGGUCUCAGUGCACACCCCCUCCAAAUACAAAGGCAUCGCUCCGUCUCAGAUGUUGGAGCCGGUGUCUCUCCCCGGCGUCGUGUCCUGUGUUCUCAGCCUCCUCUGUGGAGGCCUCAACCUGCUGAGAGGAGUCCACGCUAUAGAGAGCAUUCUGCAGAACGACGAUGAGGACUUUAAUUAUGUGAUUGCCUUCUUCCUGGGCACGGCGGCCUGUCUCUAUCAGUGCUACCUGUUCUUCUACUUCUCCGUCUGGAGGAACAGUAAGUCGUUCCUGGCGUUCGCCCUCAUCUGCCUCUCCAACAUGUAUCUGUACGAGCUGAGGAACAUGUGGCAGAUCCUCUUCCACGUGGCGGUGGGAGCCUUCAUGACGCUGCAGAUCAAACUGAGGCAGCCGCUGGGCAAAGCGCCGGACUACAACGUCUGACAGAGACCUUUAGAACACGGAGAACCAGACGGGACCGCCAGCCUUCAGUCGGAUCGGUCCAGAACAUGUUCUGGAAACACGACAGGGAGGACAGAGAGGAAACAAAACACAAACAAUCCUCCAAGUUCAGGAAGAAAAACCAAAGUCUGCUGCAGUGGACGGAUCUCAGUGUGGACUUCUUGGAUUUUAUUGGAUCGAUUGGGGACAGUUUUUAUUUCCCACCUUUGUCUGAUGAAGACAUUUGCUUUUACGUUCCUUCAGUGCAGCAAUAGUUUAUGUCAUGAGUCCUGCAUGUGUCCAGUUUUGCAAAACUGCACCUGCAAACCGGCCCGUUGAGUUUCCUCUUUAGACUUCGACCAGACGUCUGGUUACAGCUUUGGAUGCUCCAGCUUCAGACACUUCUGAUUGAACCAAAACAUUUAAGAACCCUGUUAUUUCCCUAUAGAGGCUAAAGCUAAGCUAAGAGCAUAUGUCUAAGAGCAUAAACACACAAACACACAGUAAUCUCUAUUUUAUGUGCAAUGUAGUUGCAAACUGUCAGAGGACUGGUACAAAAAUGGGCAUUAAUUUAAAUUUCUCGUCUAGCUUUUGUUUUUAUCCUCUCGCAUCCAUUUAAUUGUGUUUUUCGUGUUUGUUACAUGCACUUUUUUUGCACAUGUGCAUGUGUGGACCUGACCCGGUGCAGGACUCUGGUUUAGGUCUUGGUUUUAAAACUAUGCAAUGCUGCCAUCAUUCACACCAUACUUUAAUUUUGCAGGACAUUUUUAUGGACAAAUAAUUGUUGCUAUUUAUUUACGGACUGACUUCAUGUGAUCAAUGAAAAUAUAUAGAUUUUAUGUUUUAAUUUGUAGUUUUAUGAAUGUUCCAUCAUUUUUUUACGCAGAUUGUCGUCUAGUCGUCACAAAGUAACCCCCCCCCCCCCCACGAUAAUACACAUCCACUCCAACACCCUUCUUACUAAGACAGAAACCUCCACCUGUUUAACGCACAGAGCUCAUCGUUGUUAACAUUUGUUUCCUGCACACAUUCCCAACAAUAACCGCAAACAACUGUAGAAGGGCAGCAGAGUGAGUCAUGACUUCAUUGUUCAUGAGAAGCUCAACAGUUGUGUAAUAACGUCUUUUUAUUUAAAAACAAUCUCUCUCUCUCUUUCUCUGGAAGAAGUUUAAAGUGAGGCAGCUCGUCGUGCAUCUGGCGUCUGCAGCUUUGUAUGAAUCAUCUGAAUGUUCUCUCACAGCAGCACCACACCCACAUGACAUCAUAUCUCCCUUCACAACGUGGACCGGCCUGCACUGGAUGUGAACACACAUUCGGUUCAGUUACAGGAAAUGGACAGAGUGGGUGUGAAAUUUGGUUUUACUGCUCUAUCCAAGUCUGGGAAGUGAAUGUGAUCAUUUCCAAGAUCUUUAAAAAAUCUGGAAUGAACUGCUGUGAACUUUAAUGUAUUGUUCUUUUGCUUUUACACAUUUUAAUUUGUUUUAUUUUAUCACAACUUUUUUUUUUAAGUUCUCCAGUCAAUACAUAAAAUAUUCUGAACAAAUCAUAUCUAACGUUAAAGUCAGCAAAUGAAGAUGUGUUGGGGUUGAAAGCAUGUCUGAGAGCAGCGGUGCGGUUCCUGUUUUUGCUGUUUUGAUUUGUGACGAUGUGAUCAGUUGAAACAUAUCUGCUCUUGUUUGAGGACUCGUUGACUCUGAGCUCCUCUGGAAGGUUUAACAUUAAAGACAUCUGGGACAUUACCCUCACA